CUCAACACGUGUUCACUGUGCUCGGUCCCUAAUAUUCCUACAGGAACAAUAGGGACCUCACAGUGUUUCACUGUGCUCGGUCCCUAAUAAACUUUAUUUAUUUUUAAAUCUUUCAAAAACAGGUGUAAAAAUGCUUUUACAGGGAAAAACAACACAAACAACAAAACACUAAGAACUAUAGCAGCAUCAGUAACAAUACAUAGAUAAUAAAAACAAUAAAACCACAUUGAGUAAAGGUUAGAAAAAAAAAGGUCACAGUAAGGCAAGACUAUAAAAGUGCAUUUUAAGAAGAGACUUAAAAUGAUUAGAAUUAUCCAUCCUGGUCUCCUCUGAAAGGGUGUUCCACAGUUUGUGGGCUCUGAUGGCAAAUGCUGUCACCUUUUUUUAAAUCUUGCUUUAUACUUUUAUCUUGUAAAUACUGUCAGACUAACUGUGUUAAUAUACGCUUGCCAGUUUGUUUCUCACACCGUCAUGGUCAAAGUUGUUGAUGUUUUUGUUCUUAUCCUCAGUCCUGAGAAAGAGGCUUGCAUCCAUUUUCAGUGCCUGUAUCCUGUCCAGGCCAUGCACCUCUGACUGCAGCCAUCAGCACAAGAAGGAGUAUUGGGUAAUGUUGCUGAAUGUGGUUUUCAGCUUCCUGGCCAUCUUCCACCUCACCUACCUGGGCUCCAUGUUUGACCCUGGAGAUGAUGAACAGGAAGUAGAAGAGGGUUAUGCUGCCAUCCACACCAUCCAGAGGUGGUCUGAACUGAACUGGGCGAGCCACUGGGUUGUGUUUGCCUGCUGGGUCUUCUACCGUUUAAUUCAGUGACCUCAUUGGAGCAGACGGGAAGGCCGGCAGACACCAAAUAGUUCAAAAUACAGUGAAUAUCAGCAUGUUGUUACCUGAUGGGAACGAAGGAUCUGCAUUACAAGGACUGUGGAAAAGACUGUGUCUGUGCUUAGGUGGUUUUUACAGAUGAAAGCAGAGGCUUUGGAUGUAAAGAUGGAGUUAAUAAACAAACCUUCAGACCUGUUUGGAAUAGAGAUGUAUGGAUGCAGAGUGAGCACACAGCACAUAGCACCCUGUAGAUGUUGGCUUUAUUUCAGGAUGUUUUGAAUUGAACUGCAAAAAGAAUCAGUGUGAUUGGACAGAAGACUUCCUAAUAGACUAGACAAAUGCAUUCAUUUCCUUUGGCCUGUACACAGCUGUUCAGACACAGGCAAGGUUAAAUGAUCAGAACGACCCUGUAGAGAGGGUUCUGCUGUAAUGUUGGUGUUAGACAAUGUCCAUGCCAAAAAAACAAUUUCAGCAGUUUAACUUGUUUAAGUAUAGAUACAUAGUUAUAUCAAGAAUCUUUUUUUACUGCUGCUAUUGUGCCUUUUCUAUUUUUCUAUUAAAAUAUUUCUGCAAAUGUU